AUGAUAGAACCCUCUGAAGACUCAUUUGAGACGAUGAUGGAGCAUAAGAAUCCAUCAUCAAAACAAAUGGAGUCCUCCGAGGGCUCAUCCAAUACCGCCGCGGAGGCCUCAGGCAGCCACGCGCAGGAAGUGAUGCAGCCGGCCGGUGGCCCAGCCCAGCAAAGUAGGGAGCCACCCAGUGGCUCACUCCAGGAAAUGGAAGAGCUGCCCAUUGAUCUACUCCAAGACAUGGAGGAGCCAUCCAGUGGCCCACAUCAGGAAAUAGAGGAUCCACCCAAUGACCUACUCCAAGACAUGGAGGAGUCACGCAAUGGCUUGAGCCAGGCAACGGGGGAUCCGCGCCACCUGGCAGCUGGUGGGAUGGGAAAAGCAUUCGUCAGAAAACCAGGAGGAGGCCAAGACGAGCAAGGGAGCGACACUGACCUGUGCAGCCAGGAGGACGAGGAGGACGAGGAUGAUGAGGAAGAGCAGGAGGAGGAGGAGGAGGAGGAAGAGGAGGAGGCGGAGCUCCAGCGCGCCAUGCGGUCCAUCACCUCUCUCUACUACCAGAUGCAAGACCUCCGAGAGCAGCAAAGAGUGGCGGGGGAGAUCCUGAUCAGCGGCAUUCACAACGGCCAGCUGCCCUUCCCGCUCCCCUUCAGUGGCGACCGCAGAGAGUACCACGAGUUCCUCGUGCUCUGCCAACUGACCAUUCUAAACCACCCCAGAAUGUUCUACAGCGACCAGUUGCGCGUGGGAUACAUCAUCACUCACCUCUCGGGCAUGGCCUUGGACUGGGCCAAGAAGCUGGUGCAGGCCGACAGUCCCCUGCUGGAGAGCUUCCCGGGCUUCAUGGCAGCCAUGUCGAGUGUGUUUGAGUACCAGCAGGUGACCCGCAUGGCGGAAGAGGCCAUGUUCAACAUCAAGCAGCUGGAGCGCCCCGCCGCGGCCUACAUCAGCGAGUUCCAGAGCCUGGUGUCCAUUCUGAACUGGCCAGACGAGGUCCUGCAGGCCCACCUGUGCCAAGGGCUCAACGACGACAUCAGGCACUAUCUGUUCCGGGUGCCCCAGCCGGACAGCCUGGACAGCCUGAUCGUGCUCAUCCUGCAGAUCGAGGAGAAGCUGGCUGAGAGAAGGGCCCUGCUCAGGCUGCCCCCGGAAGCCCGCCCCCGCAACCUGACCUGGAUCGACUCACCUGCUCCAGAGAGGUGGAGGGUGAGCAGCUGGCUGCCCAGUGAGGUGCACCCGUCCGUCAACCGGGCCCACAUCUACGUGCUGCUCCUGGUGAGAGUGAACCCCUACAACAGCGUGGCGGUCCAAGCCCUGGUGGACUCUGGAGCCAGCUCCAACUUCAUGGACGAGCAGUUUGCCCAAGAGCACUACGUGGAGCUCUACGAGAAGCAGUUCCCCCAGGAGAUCCAGACCUCGGAUGGCUCCCUGGUGGGCAACGAGCCCGUCUGGCUCUACACCGAGCCCCUGGUGUGCAUCCAUCAGAGUCACCAGGAGUACAUCGAGUUUGACAUCGUUCCUUCACCCAACUUCUCCGUGAUCUUGGGCAUCAGCUGGCUCCGAAAGCACGCCCCGGAAGUGGACUGGGCCAAAGGCCGGUGCUCCUUCCACUCGCCCUACUGCCUGCAGAACUGCUUCCGCCCGCCCCCGCCAUGCAUCGCGCUGGAGAGGCAGGGCCUGAGCCUGCUCCCCGGACUGCCGCCCCCGUACUCCGACCUGGCCGACGUGUUCAACCCGAAAGAAGCAGAUGAUGAGACUUCCGACCAGCCAAGCUCAGACGGAUCCGAUGAUCUUUCUGAAUCAGAGCCCUCUGAGCUUCAGCAGGCUGGAGACAGUGAUCUGGACGAGGUCUUUUACGAGUGCCGCUCCACCGCGCCGUGGGAACCUAUGCCGAGUAGGAUGCAAGACACAGCCAGGCUGCACGAUGAGGACUGGGACCCACAAGACAUGCUGAGCCACAGACAAGACUACGUACAGAACAUCCCGGAACUGUUCGACCAGUUACAUGGGGCCACGUGGUUCACAAAACUGGAGCUGCGGGGGACCAUUGUGGAGGAAAGCAUGGCAGUACAGCAGGUGGAAGAUGUAUGGAAAGCGGCCUUCGGGUUGGAGCUCCCGGACAUGGAUGGCUACAAGCCUUUCCCCAUCUGCGCGGACCCCAGGGUCCCACAGAGCGUGAUCCACUACAUCCUCAAGGGCAUGCUCGGCUUCUUUGUGCUUGCCUACGGGCAGGACGUGAUCGUCUACUCCAUGAGCCAACAGGAACACCCCCAGCACGUGCGCCAGGUCCUCGUCCGCUUCCGGCGGCACCACAUCUACUGCUCCCUGGACAGAAGCCAGUUCCACCGGAACAACAUGGAGUUCCUGGGCUUCGUCUUCAGCCCCAAAGGGGUGAAGCUCCACAAGACCGUGGUCAAAACCGUGACCGGCUUCCCUAUCCCGGCCUCUAAGAAGUGCCUGCGGCGCCUGAUCGACUACAUCUUCCCCUACCGCCACUUCAUAGAGCGCUUCACCAUCAUCAUCGAGCCCCUGCUGCGGCAGCUGCUGCACACGCGCGACUUCUACUGGGGCGCGGAGGAGCAAGAGGCCUUCGAGUGCCUGAAGCGGGCCUUCCGGAAGGCGCCCCGCCUCUACCACCCCAAGCCCCAAAACCCCUUCUUCCUCGAGACGGGCGUCACCAAGACGUCCCUGCACGCCGCCCUGAUCCAAGUGGACGAGCAGACCCGCAAGAAGGUCUACUGCGCGUUCUAUUCCCGCAACCUCUCGCCCAUCGAAGACGACUACUCCCAGCAGGAGAUGAGGAUCCUUCCCAUUCGGGCUGCCUUCAUGGUGUGGAGCCGCUACCUGGAGAACACCGAGGAGCCCAUCAUGAUCCUUCUCGACACAGAGGAUCUAGCCUCUCUGAAUAAUGACAGGCUCACCGUACUUCUCCCCGGCCACUGGGUCUUCUUCUUCGGCCACUUCAACUUCGAUGUCAUGGAGUGGCCCCCGCGAGAGGGCCAGCCGGUACGGUUACCCAUGAGAGGCCAACGCCUGGGAGAGUACGACCCCGAGAUCCCCACUCACCCCCUGCUGCGGUUCCCCAACCCCCCAAACUCCUUGUUGGAUGAAGAAGUAGAGAGCGAGCCUGCCCCACCGCAGCCCAGCCAGCCCCAGGAGCUCGUGGCUCAGGUGUCACUGGACCAAUUAGUCUGCACCUUCCUCAUCCAGCUGGGGGCGAUCCAGAUGAGGGCGGUCAUCCUGCACUUCAUACGGAGCCUCUGGGUCUGGAAGAACUCCCUGACCCUGGCCGCCCUUCUCCUGAUGCUCAGGAUGAGGCCCUGCCUCCAGCAACUGAGGGCACCCAACCCGCUGGCGGUCCAGCCCCGACGCAGGUCCCUGGUCCUGGAUGCAUCCCUCAUCUCCCACAGGGGCAUGGCCAGCACCGUGGCCGAGCUCCUCCUCCAGAUGUCACCGCUGGUGGCCGCCAACACCACCCCGGCCCAAGAGCUGGGCCCACUGGUCCUGAGCCCUGGCCCCGGGCAGCACGCCUUGGUGGCCCGUCGGGCCCACCUGCGGCUGCGGCUGACCCCCAGCUUCUGGCUGACGCUGUGUGAGAUCCUGGGCGUCCGGGUGGCCCUGGGGGACGAGAGCUACCCUGUCCCACGGGAGCCGCGCUACCUGGAGCUGCACAUUGUGAACGACGAGGAUGUCGUCUUGCGAGAAGCCCGGCAGGGCGACCUGCAACGUUACCGUCAAGGUGGCCUGCAUGACGGCCUGCAAGACAGCCCGCAGGACGACCAAGAGAGAGCAGUGCAGGAGCCCCUGCCCAGAGACGGCGCCGUCAUCACCUUGGCCCUCCCUGCGCUGCGCCACAGCCAGGCCCACCCUGCCAUCCUCGCCUUACUGCGCGACACCAGAGCCGCCGAAGGGCGGCCAGCCCUGCUCACCCGGGGGCUGGUGGCCAGGCUCCUGCUCCGCUUUCUGAGGGUGGCGCGAGGCCAGGCUGCCCACAGUACGGUGCGGGCGAGCCCCCCCAGGGAUGAGGAGCCGCCCCGUGACCACGAAGACAGGGACUGA